GCACGGUGUGCAGACCGUAUCUCCGUUUUCCACCCAAAAGGCUUUCCGUGAAAUGUACUCAAAGUGGGGAAACAUUAUCGGCCAGCUCUGUGUGGCGCUGUGGCUGAUAUCGCAACAGUGCGGUGUUAACGGUCAGCAGAACACCCCGAUCGUGGUGAUUGAUGGGCUCGGUUCGGUACAAGGCGCGCGUGGCCGCACAGCAUGGACGGAUCGGGAGAUAUCCAAGUUCCACAACAUACGCUACGCCGAGGCACCGGUUGGGCAGCAACGGUUCCGUGCUCCGAUAGCCGCUCGACCGUGGAGCGGUGUUUUCAAUGCUGCCCUACCCGGCCGUCCCUGUCCACAGUUGCGACAGAACAACGUGACCACGGGUGACAUGGUUACGUCCGAGGACUGUCUGACCCUUUCGGUGUACACGCAUAGCACAACUGACAGCCGACCGGUGAUGGUGUUCAUACAUGGCGGAGGAUUUUCUGAAGGUGGUGCCUCCGAUUACGGACCAGAGUAUCUGCUCGAGAAGGACAUCGUACUCGUGGUCAUCCAGUAUCGAUUGGGACCACUCGGGUUCCUCUCCACCGGCACAGCGAACAUUCCUGGCAAUGCUGGCAUGCUGGAUAUGAUCAUGGCACUCGAAUGGGUCUCGCAGAACAUACGAUUCUUCGGAGGCGAUAGUUCGCAGGUGACGGUGUUUGGUGAGUCGGCCGGUGGUGCGGCCAUCUCGGCGUUGCUUUACAGUCCGCUGGUUCGUGAGACACUGUUCAGCCGAGCGAUCAUUCAGUCCGGUUCCAUCUUCUCGCCCUGGGCCACCUGUCGAUCGCCAAAGGAAGGAGCGAUCGACAUCGCACGGCGCGUCGGUUGUGAUCGUCCCGCGGAAUCGAUGGAGGAUUGUCUCCGUUCUGUGCCCGCUGUGUCGCUCAUGCAGGCGUACAAUGAUCACAGGAUCGCACAGUUUAACAUUACGAGCUAUGCGGAUGUAGCAGGAGCGUGCAUCGUGAUUGGUGAAGCUUCACCGUUUAUGCCGAAACACCCGAAAACGUUCGCCCGGAAUGCGAUCAGCCAUGUGGAGCUGAUUGCUGGCACGACCUCGCAGGAGGGACUGUUGUUCUGGGAAGCCGUUUACCGGUACGGGCUAUCGUACGAUCCGGCCAACAUGAAAACAUCCUGGGAGCUGUUCCAGCUCGUCGAAACCAUCAACGAUAGGUUCGGUUCGAUGUCGCACGAUGGUUCCAGUACUUGGUAUCAGCUAUUCAACAGCUACCUCACGACCGAAAUCGAUCGAGCAAACUUCACCGAGCUGCUACCAGCGCUAGUUGAUAUCUGCGGUAACCUGGCUAUCAAGGCCCCGGUAAUGCAGGAUGUGGUGCGGUUUGCAUACGCAAACACGGACAAAGUGUACCUGUACAGCUUCGACUACAGUGGAACCCCGUCGAUGUACAACUUCUCGGCCAGCCAGGACUUUCAGUAUCCCUAUCCGAACAGCGUUUUCCAUGCGGAAGAUCUGUUCUAUCUAUUUCCACUGGGCCAACGGCUUAACCAGCAGGACACCGAGAUGGCCAAGCUGAUGGUCGAACUGUGGACAUCGUUUGCCACGCGAGGAGUCCCCACAGCACCGGAGCUGACUCAUAGUUGGGAUCCCGUAACACAUUUUAAUGGGCCGUAUCUGAAAAUCAAUAGCCAGUGUGAGAACCGGAACAACUACUUCAACGAGUUCACUGCUUCCAUCGACAAAGCCAGGAACGAUCGUUCUGCGGCUACACCCCGGUGCGUGCUGUCCACCUCCGUUCUUAUCGUGUUAACCGUGUUCAUCAAAACUAUUAUCGCUUAAUAAUAAAGUAAAUAAAAUAAAGUAUUAUUAACG